UAAAUUUUUAUAUCAUUAUGCAAAUAGGCAAUUCAUUUUGCUAUAUUUUGCUUCGAGCCUCUUAAUUGGUAGUAACACCGACAGUGCCAUAAUGUUAAUUUUAAAAAUUUUAAUCUGCUUCUACCUCAGCAAAAUCUGUGGCGCCUGUAAUCCCUCUUUAUUCAAUUCGAGACCACAAGUUUCAGAAAGGAAAAUUUGUACACAAGAAGGACGUUUUGUCAACUCUGAAGAUACAACGUGUUCUACAUAUUAUGUGUGUGCACUUCAGAAUGAAUCACUAGUGCCCAAGAAAUAUUCGUGUCCUUUGGGAACAUUAUUUGAUCCCAAUCUACGUGUAUGUAGUGCUAUUUAUAAAUGUUCCUCAUCGUCUGCAGUCACUUUCAAUAACGCGAACUCAUCGGAAUUCUCACUGACGUCUUGCAUGCUUGAUAAAGAUUCCACGGAAAAUUUUGUAUGUUACGAAAAAGGCAGAUUUGUGAAUCCAAAAGACCUAACAUGCACAACUUAUUUUCUGUGUUCUCUUCUACAUAAUGGUUCUUUCGUUCAAACCAUUUAUUCUUGUCCAGUCGGAUCUUUUUUCGAUCCGGAAUUACAUCUGUGUAGUGAACUAUACCAAUGUCCCUGUUCUACAACCACAAGUUCUACAACAACUUCGCCCUCCACCAUUUGUUAUGCUGCUCAAAAUAUUACCGAAAAUUUUAUUUGCAACAAGAAAGGAAGAUUUAUUAAUCCAAAAGACAUGAGUUGUACAACAUAUUUUUUGUGUUCACUUUUACGUAAUGGUUCUUUCAUUCAAACAAAAUAUUCCUGUCCAAAAGGUUCGUACUUUGAUCCAGAGCUACAUUUAUGUAGUGAACUUUUUCACUGCCCAUGUCUGAGCACGAGUAAGUCAGAUAUUUCUUCUACAACAAGAUCGACAACUUCGUUAAUUACCACAGCUUCAACCAAAUAUUCAAGUUUGACAACACCAGCAAGUUGUUUUGCUGACACAAACAACGAGGAUAAUUUUACAUGUUCCGAAAAAGGAAGGUUUGUAAAUCCAAAAGACCCGAGUUGUACAACAUAUUUUUUAUGCUCACUUUUACACAAUGGUUCUUUGAUUCAAACGCAAUAUCUUUGCCCAAAAGGUUCGUACUUUGACCCAAAGCUACAUUUAUGUAGUGAACUUUAUCACUGUCCAUGUUCGAGCACGAGUAAGUCAGAUAUUUCUUCUACAACAAGAUCGACAACUUCGUUAAUUACCACAGCUUCAACCAAAUAUUCAAGUUUGACAACACCAACAAGUUGUUUUGCUGACAUAAACAACAAGGAUAAUUUUACAUGUUCCGAAAAAGGAAGGUUUGUAAAUCCAAAAGACCCGAGUUGUACAACAUAUUUUUUGUGCUCACUUUUACGCAAUGGUUCUUUGAUCCAAACGCAAUAUCCUUGUCCAAAAGGUUCGUACUUUGAUCCAGAACUACAUUUAUGUAGUGAACUUUAUCACUGCCCAUGUUCGAGCACGAGUAAGUCAGAUAUUUCUUCUACAACAAGAUCGACAACUUCGCUAAGUACCACAUCUUCAACCAAAUAUUCAAGUUUGACAACACCGGCAAGUUGUUUUGCUGACAUAAACAACGAGGAUAAUUUUACAUGUUCGGAAAAAGGAAGGUUUGUAAAUCUAAAAGACCCGAGUUGUACAACAUAUUUUUUAUGCUCACUUUUACACAAUGGUUCUUUGAUUCAAACGCAAUAUCCUUGCCCAAAAGGUUCGUACUUUGAUCCAAAGCUACAUUUAUGUAGUGAACUUUAUCACUGUCCAUGUUCGAGCACGAGUAAGUCAGAUAUUUCUUCUACAACAAGAUCGACAACUUCGUUAAUUACCACAGCUUCAACCAAAUAUUCAAGUUUGACAACACCAACAAGUUGUUUUGCUGACAUAAACAACAAGGAUAAUUUUACAUGUUCCGAAAAAGGAAGGUUUGUAAAUCCAAAAGACCCGAGUUGUACAACAUAUUUUUUGUGCUCACUUUUACGCAAUGGUUCUUUGAUCCAAACGCAAUAUCCUUGUCCAAAAGGUUCGUACUUUGAUCCAGAACUACAUUUAUGUAGUGAACUUUAUCACUGCCCAUGUUCGAGCACGAGUAAGUCAGAUAUUUCUUCUACAACAAGAUCGACAACUUCGCUAAGUACCACAUCUUCAACCAAAUAUUCAAGUUUGACAACACCGGCAAGUUGUUUUGCUGACAUAAACAACGAGGAUAAUUUUACAUGUUCGGAAAAAGGAAGGUUUGUAAAUCUAAAAGACCCGAGUUGUACAACAUAUUUUUUAUGCUCACUUUUACACAAUGGUUCUUUGAUUCAAACGCAAUAUCCUUGCCCAAAAGGUUCGUACUUUGAUCCAAAGCUACAUUUAUGUAGUGAACUUUAUCACUGUCCAUGUUCGAGCACGAGUAAGUCAGAUAUUUCUUCUACAACAAGAUCGACAACUUCGUUAAUUACCACAGCUUCAACCAAAUAUUCAAGUUUGACAACACCAACAAGUUGUUUUGCUGACAUAAACAACAAGGAUAAUUUUACAUGUUCCGAAAAAGGAAGGUUUGUAAAUCCAAAAGACCCGAGUUGUACAACAUAUUUUUUGUGCUCACUUUUACGCAAUGGUUCUUUGAUCCAAACGCAAAAUCCUUGUCCAAAAGGUUCGUACUUUGAUCCAGAGCUACAUUUAUGUAGUGAACUUUAUCACUGCCCAUGUUCGAGCACGAGUAAGUCAGAUAUUUCUUCUACAACAAGAUCGACAACUUCGCUAAGUACCACAUCUUCAACCAAAUAUUCAAGUUUGACAACACCGGCAAGUUGUUUUGCUGACAUAAACAACGAGGAUAAUUUUACAUGUUCGGAAAAAGGAAGGUUUGUAAAUCCAAAAGACCCGAGUUGUACAACUUAUUUUUUGUGCUCACUUUUACGCAAUGGUUCUUUGAUCCAAACGCAAUAUCCUUGUCCAAAGGGUUCGUUCUUUGAUCCAGAGCUACAUCUAUGUAGUGAGCUUUAUCACUGUCCAUGUUCGACGACCACUAAGGCAGAUAUUUCUCCGACAACGACAACAUCAGCAGUUUGUUUCGCUGACAUAAAUAACGAAGAAGCUUUUACAUGUUCCAGAAAAGGAAGGUUUAUUAACCCUAAAGACCCGAGUUGCACCACAUAUUUUUUGUGCUCACUUUUACGCAAUGGCUCUUUUGUUCAAACGGAAUAUCCAUGUCCGAAUGGGUCGUUUUUUGACCCAGAAUUACAAAUUUGCAAUGUUCUUUACCACUGUCCUUGUUCAGAAAGAACUACAACAAUGGCAAUCACCACAUCGACAAGUGAUCCUUGUAUUCCACCCGAAACCACGGACUUUACUUGUAGCGCAAAAGGGAGGUUUCAAAAUAAGUUGGACGUCUCAUGCACUAGUUAUUACUUAUGUAAUUUGUUAAGAAAUGGCAGUUUUGUGCAAAGUAAAUAUUUUUGUCCCAGUGGUUCCUACUUUGAUCCUGCUAUUCAUAUUUGUACCACUGAAUACAAAUGUCCUUGUAACUUUUGAACAAUAAAUUAUUUGCUGUCACUGUCAAUAA